AUGAGUCUAACAAAUGCCGUCCAGCACCUUUACACGGUCAUCACUCCGACCAUACUUGGUGUUAUAGCUGUCAUAUCUGCUACAGCCUUCGUUGUCUCCAGACUCUACUUGCACCCUUUGAGCAAGUUUCCGGGCCCUAGAAUUGCGGCUCUGACUCGGUGGUAUGAGUUUUACCACGAUGUUAUCCUUGAUGGAACUUAUGUCAAAUAUUACCCUAAGCUUCAUCAGAAAUAUGGACCUAUUGUACGCAUUGCACCAAACCAUCUCCACGUCAACGACCCCGAGUUUUAUAAAGAGGUCUUCAAGUCCCAGACAAACUUUCUGAAACCCACAUUUUACUACUCAAACCUGGGAAUCAGCGAUUCGCUAGUUGGGAUAUGCGACCCCCACAAACAUCGACUGCGGCGAACCAUCAUCAAUCCUCUGUUUUCGAAGCAAGCUAUGGAGAAAACAAUGCCUAUUGUACAGGACACAGCGGAAAAUGCGGCCAAUAUACUUCGAGUUCGAUACAGACAGGGUAAAAUCACGGAUAUCCAGAAGCUAUACCGAUGCAUUACGGUUGAUGUGAUUUCAAGAGCUGUAUUUGGACGUAGUCAAGACCUGACAGCUCAAGAUGGGAAUGACAUCUACCCGCCCUUUUUGGCCAGUAUGGAUCUUUUCACCAAGAACCUGGGAAUCACGAAGCAUUUUUCAUUCAUCAGCAAGAUUGCCCUUAGCCUACCGGAGAAAUACGCCGAGAAACUAUCUCCAGGCUACCAGAGUUUUAGAAAUCAAUGCGAGAAAUGGAUCAAUGAAGUCAAGACACGUCACAGGAAUGGGAUAUUCAAGACAGAUGAUGGUAGGGAUACCGUGUUUGACCUGCUUCUUGAACCAAACGACAAAAAGGGCUACCAGGUACCUGACAUGACUGAGCUGGUGGACGAGGCAUUUCUACUUCUUCUCGCUGGCAGUGAUACGACCGCGUACUCACUGGCCUGUGCAACCUAUUAUCUUCUGACACAUGAAGAGGUGUUGUUGAAGCUUAAAGCCGAGCUUGACGGAGUUCCUCGAUUGGAAGGCGGUCGUCUAGAUUGUAGGAAUAUUCAAUCCCUCCCCUACUUGACCUGUGUCGUCAAAGAAAGUCUCCGUUUAUCUACCGCCGUCCCAGGAAAUUUGCCCCGAGUGGUCCCCCCAGAGGGAGCAAAUGUGCAAGGAAAUCAUAUCCCGGGAGGCUCGAUCGUCUCUAUGAGUAUUCGAAUCAUUCAUGACAAUGCAGAGUUGUUUCCCGAGCCGGAGAAAUUCAAGCCCGAGCGAUGGGCGGGUGAGAAAGGCAGAGAGCUUGAGCGCUGGAACGUUUCGUUUUCCAAGGGUCCACGCGCGUGUGCUGGGAUCAACCUUGCUUAUAUGGAGAUAUACAUGAUCCUGGCAAUUUUCUUCUCGGACUUUGAUCUUUCACUCUACAAGACCGAUGCGGAUAGUAUGGAGUGGUUGGAUCAUGGAUUCGCUAUAAACAAGUCGAAUGUCAAGGUUCAUGCCAGGCCAUUGAGGGUGUAA